CUCGUUUUUUUAAUUUCCUGCAGUGUUUGCAGUGUUUUCGUUAGUUGAAUCUGUGAAGUUCGACUAGUAUGUGAAGAUUUCACCUGAAAUCAUGUUCACUGAAGGCCUCGACAGUAAUGCCAUUAGAUGGAUUAGAGAGGGUGCUGGUGCUAAGCAGAGGGAAGUUCCAUUCACCAUUCCGAAUCAGAGGUCAAGAUUCGAUCCUGUUACCAACAUGAGGAACGGUGGCCGGGGCUUUGGUCUGCCUCCUCCUUCGAAGUUCAGAAGUGGGCAUUUACCGUCGGGGGUAAUUCCGGUGUCGCGAGCUAUACCUGGUGAUGCAGACGAUAGCGGCUCUGGGUCUGAUAUGGACGAAACCACAGAUACAGAAGAAGAGGUUUACGGUGGGCGUUACUCGUUGGAUUCUUCUCCGCAACACGAUGAUGUAGAUCGCCGGAAUCCUAAUGGUUUUGUUCACAGAUACACCACCCCUCUGCAGAGGCAGUCACAUUACGCCAGCGAUAACAUGUCAUCUGAUUUCAGUUCAUCAAGGGAUACGGUUCAGCAGAGACAGGGGCAUGCGGUGGACAGACCGGGAGUGGGAGAUGGUCGGUACCCAGUUGCCAAUCAUGGUUAUACGGAGGAAGAAUCAUCUGAUUCUGCUGCAAGCUCUGAAUUUGCAUCUUCGAACGUCGGAAGCAACAACGGGCCUGUGCCACAUCGAGGAGCUUAUGCUUCAGAGAGUUAUUCUUCUACUCUCCCUUCACGAUCGAAUGGGGAGGCUGCUGCUGAAAGGGAUUUUCAUGCCAGAGGAGUGUGGAAUAAGAAGCUUUCUGAUGAUGAUGUUGCCAGUGCACCUCCAAUUUCUCCUUCUGGUCAUGAAUUAAACCAAGAAGCUGAGAAAAUUACAGUUCCUAAAGCAUACUCUACACCAUGCAAGCCAGAGUCAAAUGGUUUCUCAAUCAGCAAGGAGCCAAACCUGUCACAAAGCAUGCCCACUGGGGAUGCAGCCCAGAAUAAUGCUGGAAACAGAGGCCCUGACCAGUUCAUAAGGACUAAUGUGGCGGUGGAUGCUGCUGUACCUUCAUCUUUGUUACCAGCUCGUCUUCCUACAUUUCAUGCUAGCGGGCUAGGGCAGUGGUACACUGUGAUUUCUUAUGAUGCAUGCGUUCGGCUUUGUCUUCAUUCAUGGGCCAGGGGUUACAUGGAGGCUCCUAUUUUUUUGGAAAAUGAAUGUGCACUGCUACGAAGUGCAUUUGGUUUACAACAAACUCUGUUACAGUCAGAGGAAGAACUGUUGGGUAAGCGAACUUCAGAGCUUGUGAGUGAGGUAGCUGCACCAAAACCUAAAAAAAUUAUUGGAAAAAUGAAGGUGCAAGUACGCAAAGUAAAAAUGGCUUUGGACCCACCUUCUGGCUGCAGUUUCUCUUCUUCAAGGAUCCCAACAAUAAAAAUGGAAUCUAUUCGAUACCGCCUUUCCAAUUUACGAUCAACAUUUUCCUCUGGAUGGGAAGCACUUAGGAAUGUCCGUGUGGCUCCUCGUGUGCCUGCCAAUGGUUCUUUUUCACGGCAUAGUUUGGCAUAUGUUCAAGCUAGCACUCAAUAUAUAAAACAAGUCUCGGGCCUUCUAAAAAUUGGUGUGGCAACUUUGCGCAGCAGUUCGUCAUCAUAUGAAGUUGUUCAAGAAACAUAUUCUUGUUCAUUGAGACUGAAAAGUUCAACUGAAGAAGAAGCUGUUCGAAUGCAACCUGGAUCUGGCGAAACACAUGUAUUCUUUCCAGAUAGUAUUGGAGAUGAUCUAAUUAUUGAAGUCCAUGAUUCCAAGGGAAAGUACUAUGGCCGUGUCCUUGCUCAGGUGGCUACCAUUGCUGAAGACCCGGGAGAUAAGCUUCGCUGGUGGUCUAUUUAUCAUGAACCAGAGCAUGAACUUGUUGGUAGGCUACAACUUUACAUCAACUAUUCAACAAGUUCAGAUGAAAAUAGCCAUCUGAAGUGUGGUUCUGUCGCAGAAACUGUUGCUUAUGAUCUUGUUUUAGAAGUUGCAAUGAAGGUUCAACACUUUCAGCAAAGAAAUUUGUUGCUGGAUGGUCCAUGGAAGUGGUUACUUAUCGAAUUUGCAUCCUACUAUGGGGUUUCAGAUGCAUACACUAAGUUAAGGUAUCUCUCCUACGUCAUGGAUGUUGCUACACCAACUGCUGACUGCCUCUUCUUGGUACAUGAUUUGCUAUUACCGGUAAUUAUGAAGGGUAGGAGCAAGUUGAGCCAUCAGGAGAACCGUAUAUUGGGGGAAAUUGAAGACCAGAUUGAGCAGACACUUGCUCUGGUUUUUGAGAACUACAAGUCCUUGGAUGAAUCAUCACCGUUGGGGAUGAUGGAGGUUUUCAAGCCAGCAACUGGAUCAGCAGCUCCUGCUCUGGCACCUGCUGUAAAGCUUUACGCUCUUCUUCAUGACGCACUGUCUCCGGAGGCACAAUUGAAACUAUGUGGCUAUUUCCAGGCUGCUGCAAAAAAAAGAUCAAGAAGGCACCUGGCAGAAACAGAUGAGUACAUUGCAAACAAUAGUGAAGGCACACUGUUGGAUGCUCUGACUCUUACAACUGCUUACCAGAAGAUGAAAACUCUUUGCUUGAAUAUAAGAAAUGAAAUUUUCACUGAUAUUGAGAUACAUAAUCAACAUGUGCUUCCGAGUUUUAUAGACCUUCCAAAUAUUUCGUCAUCCAUAUAUAGUGUGGAGCUUUGCAGUAGAUUGCGCGCAUUCCUUGUUGCAUGCCCUCCUACUGGCCCAUCACCUCCUGUGGCAGAUCUUGUAAUUGCAACGGCGGAUUUUCAAAGGGAUCUUGCCAACUGGAAUAUUAAUCCUGUCAAAGGAGGAGUUGAUGCAAAAGAGUUGUUCCACUUGUAUAUUAUCAUUUGGAUUCAAGAUAAGCGUCUUUCUUUGCUUGAGUCAUGCAAAUUAGAUAAGCUAAAAUGGUCAGGUGUGAAAACUCAACACUCUACAACACCAUUUGUUGAUGAUAUGUAUGACCGGUUGAAGGAAACCAUGAAUGAAUAUGAGGUCAUUAUUUUCCGAUGGCCAGAAUAUACCUUUGUUUUGGAAAAUGCUAUUGCGGAUGUUGAGAAGUCAGUGGUGGAGACUUUGGAUAAGCAGUAUGCUGAUGUUUUAGCACCUCUGAAAGACAGUCUGACGCCUAAGAAAUUUGGCCUCAAGUAUGUCCAGAAACUGGCCAAGCGUUCUGUAUGCACUUACGCUGUGCCUGAUGAGCUGGGAAUUCUUUUGAAUACCAUGAAGAGGAUGCUCGAUGUGUUGCGUCCUAGGAUAGAGACACAGUUAAAAUCAUGGGGGUCUUGCAUCCCUGACGGUGGAAAUGCUGUCUCUGGAGAGCGCCUCAGUGAAGUGACCGUGAUGCUGAGAGCCAAGUUCAGAAAUUACCUGCAAGCAGUUGUGGAGAAGCUUGCGGAGAAUACAAGAGUUCAAAGUGCAACCAAACUUAAAAAGAUCAUCCAAGACUCGAAGGAGACUGUGGUUGAAUCAGAUGUUAGGAGUAGAAUGCAACCCCUGAAGGAUCUGCUGACGAAAACAAUAGAUCACCUACAUACUCUCUUUGAGACUCAUGUGUUUGUAACAAUUUGUCGAGGCUAUUGGGACCGAAUGGGACAGGAUAUUCUGAGUUUUUUGGAGAACAGGAAAGAGAACAGGACCUGGUAUAAGGGGUCACGUGUUGCUGUGGCUGUAUUGGAUGACACCUUUGCAUCACAGAUGCAACAGUUGCUUGGGAAUGCACUUCAAGAGAAAGACCUGGAGCCUCCUAGAUCAGUAUUGGAGGUUCGGUCGAUGCUCUGCAAGGAUGCUCCGAACCACAAGGACAGUAACUUCUACUAUUAAUUCUAGUAUACAAGUACAUACAGAUGGGAAAGAGCUAUAGAGUUUAGCUUGAUGGUUGAAGAACCCAUGAAGGAUUUUUGUGGCCUGUUGCAAGUGGAUGAAAAAGAGCAAUAGAGUUUAGCAACCUCUGCAUCAAUGUGCAUAAUAGCGCACAUUCAAACCGUGGUUUUCUGCAAGAACUGUACAGUGGGCAACUUGGCCCAAGUUGAUACGAGAUAAGCUGUUCUCGGAGCUGUGCAAUUAUAUAUAUAUAUAUAUUUUGUGUAAAGUACUGAAAAUUGAUUGCCAUUUAUAUGCUCCAUAACAAAAGUUCCUAAUUUUCUUCCCAUCACAAAUUGCAGUGAUAUCAGUUUUGUAAUUGUAUUGAGCUCAGGGCUACAAAUUAAACGUCUU